AUGGAACCCACUUCCGACUUUCGCGCCCCCCUCAACAUCCAACACCUCCUCCGACACCUCAUACCCGAUGACUCCCAAACAAAGUUUCUCGAAGGCUUGCAAAUGGCAUCUGUGAGACUGGGUCGGGAGACGCGGAUAGACGAGCGGGUCACAGCCCUGAUGGAGGCUCAUAUGAACAAGGUGUUCAACCAAUUCAUCAUGCAGGGGUUUUUAGCCCAAUACAAUCCCGAGGGAUCGAACCAGUCCUUUAGGAUGAAUCUUCAGCAAGCCAUCGAGGAAUCAAAUGCUGCGCACCGUGAAGGCAACAACUUUUUUUACGCCGACCCCUCCUCAGAAAAUACCAAGAUCUUCUCCACAGUUUGGGAAAAGGUGCGGUGUCAUCAGCGGUCGAUGGGAGAGUUGAAGCUCGUCACGGGGACGGAUUUGAAACUGUACCGAACGUACGAAGACUGCAUGAUACUCGGAAAAGUCAUUACGCCUGUAAAGUCUGGCUUAUGCCUCAGCUUCCACAUUGAGGACUCUUGCGGCGCUGUUUUCCCCGUCGUCAUCAGAUUCCCCACAGCCGUCCCUCAUUUUUCACUUUCUCUCCCCGAUACCCUCGCCAAACUCUAUCCUAUCGGCGCGAUCUUGGUGAUUAAGUCUCCUCGAACGGGCUAUAUUGGCGGACAGCGAGGCAUCACGGUGGAUAUGCCGUACGAGAUUGAAGAGCUGCACCCGAAUGACCCCUUCUUGGAGGGAGUCAAGUGGCAGGAUGGACUGAAAGGCGAUGCACCGAAAGGGUGGAAAAAGUACAAAGAUGCGGGAAAUGCAGAAAUGAGAAAGAACAACCCCUUGGUCGCCAUCCGGCUCUACUCUCUCGCUUUGUCGGACCCCGAGGUCAAGUCGAGUCCAAGCAAAACCUUCACACUCCUACUCAAUCGUAGUAAAGCCUACAGUACUCUCAACCUACACGGUCACGCCUACCGAGACGCUCAUCGAGCUCAAGCAGUAAUCAAAACCAGCAGUACAACCCUCACCUUGGGAGAACAAGAUCGUCUCCAACUUCAACUCGCCAAAGCAGCCCUUGGUCUGCGACUCUACCAAACUGCUCUCGACGCUUGUGGUGAAGCUUCUUCAGAGGAGGAGAUACGAAAGACUAGGGAAAGGGCGCAGAAGAGGAUGGAAGAGCAAAAGAGUGGCGUAUACGACUGGAUGGCAAUCUUUCGAGAGUCGUUGGGAGGACCGCUGGUGGACAUGGACGUUGGCGACUACGUGUCCCCGGCUGUCAAAGUCUCCCAAGUCCCCGGUUGCGGCCGAGGGCUUAUCGCUACACAAGAUAUCACACCCGGCGAGCUCAUCAUCGUCAGCAAAGCCAUCGCCCCAUCUCGCGCCAAAGUGGAUGCUCCAAACGUCUAUGUCAAUUGCUAUGAUGUCGGUUCGCAGACUCAUGUGCCGCAUGAGACGUACAUGUGGGUUUAUCGAGCGCAGUACAAGCUUCACGAUGAACCUGUUCAGCUUGAAGAUCUUGCGAGCUUUUCUACCGAUAUCCAUCCUUCUCCCCCCGACGAUCGUACCUUUGAUGAAGAAGAAGACGUCCGCGCAGAGUGUAUUUUCGACUCCAUAGGGGAUGGUGAUAUACCCUAUCUACCCCUCAACAAUUUCCGACAGAUUCUCAAGUCCAACUCCUUCUCGGGCUGGUCUCUGCCUCCCAAGGGAGAAGGACUGAAGGGUGUAGACCCGCUGCUGAUGUUGAAGAGAUACCAGGAUCAGGCAGAUCUGCUGCAUGGGAUGCCCGCGUUGCUUAACCAUUCUUGUUUGCCAAACACCACUCGGUGCUGGUAUGGCGACAUGAUGGUCGUGAGGGCCACGAAACACAUCUCCAAAGGCGACGAGCUCACCACAUCCUACGUCGCAUACGAACCCUCCUAUUCCUUCCGACUCUCAGUGUUGACCAAUUGGAAUUUCACCUGCGCUUGUACUCUCUGCCAAGCCGAUAGUAGCCCCCGAGACGAUCCCCAACGGAGGGACCAGAUUAUGGACGCCAACAUGAUACUACUCUUCACCAAUCCUUCUUUGAUCGGUAAACCCGAUCGGACGCAGAAGCAGCAGCAGAGACGCAGGGCAGAGGAUUUGGAGAAGCUUGUUCGAUCGGUAGAGGCGACCUAUUCGAGCGAGAGGGGGCAGGGCACCAAAGGCCACUUGGCAAAGAUUUAUUACAGUAUGGGAAGGAGCUACUUUGUUUCAGGACAGCACCCCGAGGCGGUAAAAGCGCUCAACCACUUUCUCGAAUACGCGGGCGUCACACUUACAACACCGGCACAGGAACGACAAACUGGGAGGAAGGUUCAUGAGAGCCAUUAUCUGGAGGACGAGGUGAUUGUGGGAAUGCUUCUUUUGGCUAGCAUGGAGAGAGUCAAGGCCCUCAUCAGCCACCUGCCUCAGGCGCUCCUCCUUCCUCUCUCCCAAAAAUGCACUACUGGUGCAGCGGGCACUUCUGCGUCCUCUCUCAACCCCGCCCUUCACCACACUCGUAGCGUCGACAAAGCUAGUAGCGCCCCUACCGCUACCCAGUCCGAGACUCCGGUAGCCGGCCCUUCUCUCGGAGACAAAGGCAAAGAGCGCCAAGACGCCAACGCCGACUCUACUGCACAGGCUGCUCCUGUCUCUCCUACCCCGGCUCAGCUGUCCCCGGCGCCCACCACGGGAAACUUCCUUGCCUCAAUCAACAUUACUCCUCUCGGCGACGCUCCUGGGCCUACUCUUCCUCAGACACCGAUCGCCUCUGCUCCACCUGAGCACGCGGCUGCCGAUACUACCCCGGCCCCUACAUUGUUGCUCGCCAGAUUCGCUGAGAUGUUGAAGGCAUCACAGGCCACUGCUCCGCUUCUAGACCCGACCUCCAAGCCUCCUGGCCUCGAGGAUCCAGCCUACCCCGGUACAGCGUCCGCCAACGACACCCCUCCAGCUAAGCCUCUUCCUCCGUACGAUGAGCUUUACGAUGUCUCGUGUCAGCUUAAUCAGCCUAGCGAGGAACGCGACCACCUUUUCGAGGCCCUUCAGCAAGCCCAAGCCGAGCUCGCUCGCAUGCGCACUGCCUGCCUCCCUCAGUUCGGCUGCAGACCCGACUAUACUCUUACUCCUCACAUGUCUCAUCACUCAACUCGACUCAAGCCAUCCGGGCUUCCCAAGCUCAAAGGCACCAGUCACAAGAAAGUUGACCCCUGGAUCGCUCAGAUCUCUGCGCUCCUUUGCAGCGCCACCGUCACCAAGUCUGACGUUAUCUCUUUCCUUCCUCGCGCCUUCAAAGACAGAGCUAUGUCUUGGUAUGUCAAUCUUGGCCCUGCCAAGCAGCUCGCCCUCGUUACUUGGUCAGACUGGCAAGAGGCGAUUCGCCGUCAGUUCUUGCGUGCAAACUACGCCAUGAAAGCCCAGGUCGAGUGUACCCAUCGCCAGCCUCGGUCCUCGUGA